AUGUUCCGACUUCUAGCGUCAAUCCAACUUUUGCUCCUUCCUUCUGACACGACAGAUUUAACGCGUUGCCCGCCGCGAGUCGUUGCCAUCACUGAUAUAAUCAUGAAGGUCUUGAAUUCUGUUGAAAGAAGCCCACGAUCAACAAUCGGAAUAAAAUGCUUCCUGCGCGACUACAUCGGUUCCACUGGCAAUUCCUUCCUUUCAUCACAAGUUGCACUUGCGAUCAAGGAAGACUCACGUGUCAGCGAAUUCAUUUUAAAUGCGAUUGACAGUUUUGUCACUGAACAGACAAUCAUCGUUUCUUUUUCACAAGAAACAAACUCUUUUGGCGAUUUUUCAAGAAGGAAACUCCCCCAUUUCAAUGAUGCUCGUUAUGUUCCAGUUUUUCCCGAUUCCGAACUUCUUCAUUUUCUGUUAAUAAUCGCCUCCAAUGCAGCGCAAUCUUCACAAUCAAAUACAGUUCUCAAGUCGAUCUGUUGGUGCUCAAAGAGCGCUAUUCAGCAGCCGGUCUCUACCGAUGCCUUUGAAAUGGAAGACGACGAUGAUUGGCUCGACGAGGACGAAGACGAGUUUGAUGAUGAAAACUCUUUCGUUUCGACGCUCAAUCUUCGUGAACAGGAGCUUCGAAACAACCUGGCUUUGUAUUUUGCCACGCUGGACUUUGACGCAAUCGAUUCGGAGCUCAUCGUUGAAGUCGUCAAGUUGAUAACUGCAUUACUUUUGCAGCACAAUCAGGCUUCAGUUAAUCGCGCUAUCCGACGAUGA